AUGAACGCGUCAUUUGGACGGUACUGUUGGAUAUUUUUGGUCGCUAGACCAGUUCGAACAUCGCUAGAUCUGCUACGUCCACCAACACAGUUCCACAAGAUCAAGAAUUCGAAUCAAGAAGCACAAUUCAAACGUAAGCAUGGCACGAAAUCGAGAAUCUACAUUCCUCAGGAUCUCGUCUGGACCAAGGUGUUCCGAAAUAACAAGUGGAGCUGGGAUGCAGGAACAGUAGUGGAACGCCUAGGGAAAGUAAUGUACAACAUUUGGCUACCGACAAAGCAAAUGCUCAUAAGAUCGCAUUGCAACCAGAUGAGAACUCGCUAUCAAUCCGAUGAGCAACAACUGAAAACACAAACACCAGCAGAAUCCCAACUUCCUCUGAGCGUCCUGUUGGACAGUUGCGGUCUAUCUACGACAUCGUCUCCGGAAGCAGAAAACCUUCCGGAUUCGCCGGAACAACCUCAGCGGCCAACUCAACGUUGCAACCAACGCCGUCCCGUAAGCAACCAACAGCAACAACCGAUUCCUACACGCCAGUCUACGAGGCUUUGUAGACCGCCCGUGAGGUAUGAACCUUACCAACUCUUCUAA